AUGUCUCAGGUUCGAUCCAUUCAAACCUCCUUCUCACGCCCCACUUCAGGAUCUACACAUGACAGGUCUCAAACCUUGUUAAAGCCUCCAUCUUUUUCCUCCAAAAUCUUCCCACCUAAGUCUAACAAUCCCCCCAAGCUUUGCUUCACAACCUCCCCCAUCAAUGCAAGAAAGUCCUCAUCUGCUGAAGUUGUCCCUGUCUCACCCGAAGACGAUUCAAAGAUUGAAGAGGAGUUGCAGAAGUUACACGUUUUGCAACAAGUUGGUAAUGUUUCUGGUGGAAUCUGGUCUAAGCCAAUGAUUAAAAGAAAGACUAAGAUUGUUUGUACUAUUGGUCCUUCUACUAAUACAAAGGAAAUGAUUUGGAAACUUGCUGAGGCUGGAAUGAAUGUUGCUCGUAUGAAUAUGUCUCAUGGUGAUCAUGCUUCUCAUAAGAAAGUUAUUGAUUUGGUGAAAGAGUAUAAUGCACAAUCUAAAGAUAAUGUUAUUGCAAUCAUGCUUGACACCAAGGGUCCUGAGGUUAGGAGUGGGGAUUUACCACAACCAAUCAUGUUAAAAACUGGCCAGGAAUUCACUUUUACUAUCCAGAGCGGUGUUGGAACUGCUGAUUGUGUCAGCGUGAACUAUGAUGAUUUUGUCAACGAUGUUGAAGAAGGGGACAUGCUUCUUGUUGAUGGUGGUAUGAUGUCGUUCUUGGUUAAGUCCAAGACAGCGGAUUCCGUGAAAUGCGAAGUUAUUGAUGGAGGAGAGCUCGCGUCACGGAGGCAUUUGAAUGUUAGAGGAAAAAGUGCAACACUGCCUUCAAUCACUGAAAAGGAUUGGGAUGACAUCAAAUUUGGAGUCGAUAAUGAAGUUGAUUUCUAUGCCGUUUCUUUCGUUAAGGAUGCACAAGUAGUUCAUGAGCUGAAGAAUUAUUUGAAAAGCUGUGGUGCUGAUAUACAUGUAAUUGUAAAAAUUGAAAGUGCAGACUCUAUACCGAACUUGCAUUCAAUUAUUACUGCAUCUGAUGGGGCUAUGGUUGCAAGAGGAGAUCUUGGUGCAGAACUCCCUAUUGAGGAGGUUCCGCUUUUGCAGGAAGAGAUAAUAAGGAUAUGCCGUAGCAUGGGAAAGGCCGUUAUUGUAGCCACAAAUAUGCUGGAAAGUAUGAUUGUUCACCCCACGCCAACCAGAGCAGAGGUAUCUGAUAUUGCAAUUGCUGUUCGAGAAGGUUCCGAUGGAAUAAUGCUUUCUGGAGAAACUGCACAUGGAAAGUUUCCAAUUAAAGCUGCGAAAGUAAUGCACACCGUAGCAUUACGGACAGAAGCCGCUUUACCAAAUGGGCAGAUGCCACCUAAUAUUGGCCAAGUAUUCAAGAACCACAUGAGCGAGAUGUUUGCAUACCAUGCAACCAUGAUGUCCAAUACCCUUGGAACAUCAACUGUUGUCUUCACUAGAUCGGGUUUCAUGGCUAUUCUAUUGAGCCAUUAUCGACCUGCAGGCACCAUAUUUGCUUUUACUGAUCAGAAAAGGGUACAACAGAGGUUGGCUUUGUAUCAAGGUGUCUGUCCUAUUUACAUGGAAUUCUCUGAUGAUGCUGAAGAGACAUUCACAAAAGCCUUGGAUUUGUUGCAGAAGAAUGGAAUGGUUAAAGAAGGAGAAGAAGUAGCCCUUGUACAAAGUGGAAGGCAACCUAUAUGGAGGUUCCAUUCCACUCACAAUAUUCAGGUCCGAACAGUAGCUGCCACAAAUUAAGUUUCAGCCCGAGGCCUACACAUACUUUUAGAAGUUACACAUCCUCUUCUUGGUGUGUUGAUACCAAUCUUGCAUUUUGGUUAUUUAAUUUGUUUGCUUCAUAGGUUUCAUCUUUUCUUCAUUUUAUUGCUUUCCUGUUUUCAUUAUUUGUUCUUCUGUAAACUCUUACUGUGGUUCAAUAUUUAGUUAGAAUGGUCAUAUGUUAGUUUAUGUCAUUGGAAAUUUUGAUAAGAAAUCAUAAUCUGAAUCACAUUCAGCCAUAUCCCGGGACUGUUAUAUUUUAGCUUGUUGUUUGUAGUGUUACAACUGCACCUCGAGUUACUAUUGUCAUGUGACUUUCUAAAGAAUUGUGUAUUCAGUUUUA